AUGGAAUCAUUAGAAUUUGUUCAAGAGGACCCUUUCUUUAUUGAAAUGUUAAAAUUCAGUCCUUUAAAUUGUUACUAUGCUUGUGGUGUCUCAGAUGAAACUUUUUGGCCUGAUUGGCUAUUCCAGUCAAACUCAGAUGGCAAUCUGAAGUUAUAUCGUUGUGAUGUCUGUGGGAGGAGCUUUGCACCAGAUGUUCUGGAAAGGCACGGGCCAAUAUGCAAAAGACUUUUCAACAAAAAACGUAAGCCUUUCAAUUCCUUGAAGCAAAGGUUACAGGGCACUGACAUCCCCACGGUCCCAAGGUCUCCCCAAACCAAGAUGCCACCCGUGAAGAAAUCUAAUUGGAGACAACAACAUGAAGAUUUUAUUAACGCAAUUCGAUCAGCCAAGCAGUGUACCUUAGCCAUUAAGGAAGGCCGCCCUCUUCCUCCUCCACCCCCUCCAACUAUCAACCCAGAUUAUAUUCAGUGUCCUUACUGCAUGAGAAGGUUUAAUGAAACUGCAGCAGCAAGACAUAUUAAUUUCUGCAAGGAUCAGUCAUCCCGCCGAGUUUUUAAUCCAGCCCAGACAGCAGCCAAAAUAGCAUCCAGGGCUCAGAACAGAGCUCAAGUGAUUCCCAAAAAAGAACCAACUGUAACGAGUGCCGUGGGAACGUUGCUUCAGAACAGGACAGUGGACCCCUCAAGUGACCGCACUACCAAAGCAGGAUCAUCCUCAGAGGCAAGAACUGGAUUAAAAGUCAAGAAGUCAAUGAUCUCCAAAAAAAAUUAAAGUCCUUUGAUCAAGACCGACCUAUACAGAAGAUUACUGGCUCCUCAGCAUCCUCUAUGGCUGCCUUCAUUUUGAGCAAGUAUUACCUUAAUUAACGCCAAAGAACCACAGAUUUCCAUUUGCAUUCCUAUUAUUCAACUUGGAAUAC